AUCCGGGGCUCCGUCCGGCGGAUGACGUAAAGCUAUAAAGGCCCGCGGCGCCUUUGUUCGCCCCCAUUACGCAGUUGCAGAUCGGUGCGGGUGGAGUAGGUCAUUUACAGAAUCAAAAUGGUUGAAGCAGAUCGUCCUGGGAAGCUGUUCAUAGGGGGCCUGAACACAGAGACUAAUGAGAAAGCCCUUGAGGCUGUAUUCGGCAAAUAUGGACGCAUUGUGGAAGUCCUUUUGAUGAAAGAUCGGGAAACAAACAAGUCCAGAGGAUUUGCGUUCGUCACAUUUGAGAGUCCAGCAGAUGCAAAAGAUGCUGCCAGAGAUAUGAAUGGAAAGUCAUUAGAUGGGAAGGCAAUUAAAGUGGAACAAGCAACCAAGCCAUCCUUUGAAAGUGGUGGUAGGCGUGGGCCGCCACCCCCUCCCCGAAGCAGAGGUCCUCCCAGGGGCCUUAGAGGCGCAAGAGGCGGAAGUGGCGCGAGAGGACCACCUUCAAGAGGGAGUCACUUGGGGUCUUCUCGAGGGCCACUUCCCAUGAAGAGAGGUCCACCUCCACGAAGUGGAGGCCCUCCGCCUAAAAGAUCUGCACCUUCAGGACCAGUGCGUAGCAGUAGUAUGGGAGGAAGAGCUCCUGUGUCACGUGGAAGAGAUGGUUACGGUGGUCCUCCGCGCAGAGAGCCAAUGCCAUCACGGAGAGAUGUCUACAUGUCUCCAAGAGACGAUGGCUAUAGCACUAAAGACGGUUAUUCAAGCAGAGAUUAUCCCAGUUCCAGGGAUACCCGGGACUACGCACCACCUCCCCGAGACUAUGCAUAUCGUGAUUAUGGUCAUUCCAGUUCACGUGAUGAAUACCCCUCCAGGGGCUAUAGUGAUCGUGAUGGAUACGGUGGUGGACGUGACAGAGACUACUCGGAUCAUCCAAGUGGAGGUUCCUACCGAGAUUCAUAUGAGAGUUAUGGUAACUCACGUAGUGCUCCACCUGCUCGAGGGCCCCCGCCAUCAUAUGGUGGAAGCAGUCGCUAUGAUGAUUACGGCAGCACACGAGAUGGAUAUGGAAGCCGAGAAAGUUACUCAAGCAGCAGAAGUGAUGUCUACUCAAGUGGCCGUGAUCGUGUUGGAAGACAAGACAGGGGUCUUCCCCCAUCCAUGGAAAGGGGCUAUCCACCUCCUCGGGAUUCUUACAGUAGUUCAAGCCGCGGGGCACCCAGAGGUGGUGGCCGUGGUGGAAGCAGAUCCGAUAGAGGUGGAGGCAGAAGCAGAUACUAAAAACACUCUCAAACUUUUGGACCAAGACAGAUUAUUUCUCAAAUGUGGAAGCUGUUCUAUCUUUACUACCAGAGGACUACUAAAAGGAAAAGUUGUUUUUAACCUUUUUUUAUUGUUGCCUGUUAAGUUUUCCCCUCCAUGACUUUUAUGCUUUUGUGAGGAAAAGUUAAAACAAUGUUUAAUAUCAUUUCAAAAUUGUUAACAUUUCUUUCAGAAAGCAGAUGUUAAAUGUAUGAGCUUGAGCUGUGUACUAGUGUUGUAAUUUUCAAAGUAAAGUUUCCCUGAAAUGCCACA